AUGUCGAACUUCUUUGAUCUGCCGGUCGAGAUCAGGUUCAUGAUCUACGGCCACGUCGUCCGCGACGCAAAACUCAAGUUCCUACCGUCAAGCCCGAUAACUGUACCCAGUGCUCAGCCGAUCUACGCCGAGUCUCGUCCUCUAUUCUACCAUGCCGCACGUCUCGACGUCACUGCAAUCCUCGAUGAAAACACUGGCGUACUUCGUGUACCGUCCACAGACACCAUUGAAGCUUCAGGGAAAGGCGCAGUGAUAAACCUCGAUCCAAGCCUGCUGCAGCACAUCAAGUUGGACCAGUUCAAGCUCGCCGGUCAAGGUACCAAGCAGUUCAUCAAGUCUUUGACGAGCCUUCAGUCAUUAACUUAUACCGGACUCGACACUUAUUUGUGUUGGACGCAAGAUUUCUAUGAAUCCCACAAUAGCACAUGGGAUCUUGACUCUGACUGCGGCUCGGACUGCGGCUCGGACUGCGACGGGGACUGCGGCUGUACACCUAACCCGUUCAAUGAAUUUCUCCUGGACUAUCUGAAGAUGGAAGUCAAUGACUCCCCUCACAAGAUUGUUGGUAGGUGCUGUGACCCCGGAAGUGCCCAAGACCACGAGGAAGACUGCUUAGGCGAGAAGCCCAUCCGAAAGUUCGUCGCUGCUUGGGACUGGAAUGAUCGACCUUUCAAGCUUGUAGCCGAAGUUACUUUCGACGAUUAUGGCAAAUCGGUCUUUGCGGAAAUAUACAGUAUGGUCGACCUUGACUCCAAGAUGAUGAGAAUCUUCUCAAGUCUGGAACCUGAUAAUGUUCUUGGGGAAUUCAAAGUUGAUGGGCUCAAAUACUAG